AUGGAAAUUAAGUCAGAAUAUCAUAGAAGUGAAUACAUAACAAGUCCCGAAACGAAUUAUUAUGAGUCUAAAUGGAAUCUCAAGCAUGGUAAACUUGUUUGGAGGAUUUUGAAGCAGAAUAUCCACGCUUCAUGUUCCUUCCGAUUCCGAAUUGCUCUUAACGUCAAAGGGCUCGAAUAUGAGUACAAAGCUGUCAAUCUGUUGAAAGGAGAACAAUCUCAUCCUGAGUUUCUCCAGCUCAACCCUAUUGGUUUUGUUCCCGUUCUCGUCGAUGGUCCUGCUGUAAUUUUUGACUCUUUCACUAUUAUUAAGGUCACUCUCAAUCCUUUCUUUUACUUUUCCAAUUAUUGAAAUUGUUUGAUCAUA